AUGGACUACGAAACAAUUCUUCAGGGAAAGUACCCUGCCAAACUGCACGCGAGGAGGGUCGUCGACUACAUCCGCUCGAAGAUUCCCGGUGCCUCAGGCGUGCUCUAUCUCGAGAGUCGCGCGACCAAGAAGAUAGAGGAUAACGACGAGGAUGAGCCGUUCCGACAGCGCCGCUACUUUUAUUAUCUCACAGGCUGCCCCCUCGCCGACUCAUAUGUCGUCCACGACAUGGACUCGUCCAAGACGACACUCUUCAUCCCCCCGAUCGACCCCGAGGACGUCAUCUGGUCGGGUCUGCCCGUCUCUCCCGAGGAGGCCAUGCAGAAAUACGAUGUGGACGAGGUUAAAUACACGAGCGACGUCAAUGCCACAUUGGCACAUCUAGGACCCGAGAAGUCGACUGUCUUUGCGAUCCCCAACCAGGUGUCGGAUCAGGUGACGUUCCUCGCCUUCGACAACACAAACUUCUCCAUCCUGAAGGAAGCAAUUGAAGUUACCCGCGUCGUCAAGGACGAGUACGAGCUGGCCAUGAUCGCGAAGGCCAACGCCAUCAGCCACAAGGCGCACCGUGCCGUGCUCGAGAAGGUCAAGCACGCCAAGAACGAGUGCGAGCUUGAAGCUGCCUUCAUCGGCACAUGCAUUGCCGCCGGCGCGCCCAACCAGGCGUACCACAGCAUCGUGGCGGCGGGCCGCGCCGCGGCGACGCUGCACUACAAGCACAACAAUGCGCCGAUGGCGGGCAAGCUCAAUCUCCUGCUGGAUGCCGGCUGCGAGUGGGACUGCUAUGCCUCGGACAUCACGCGGACAUUCCCCAUCAACGGCAAGUUCACCAAGGAAAGCAGGGCCAUCUACGACAUUGUGCUCAAGAUGCAGCUGGACUGCAUGGCCAUGAUCAAGGAGGGGGUUCUCUGGGACGACGUGCACCUUCUCGCCCACAAGAUUGCAAUUGAUGGGUUGCUCGAGCUGGGCAUCUUGAAGGGCGACAAGGACGAGAUCCUCGCCAACCGAACCAGUGUCGCCUUCUUCCCCCACGGCUUGGGGCACUACCUCGGCAUGGACGUCCAUGACACCGGCGGCAACCCCAACUACGCCGAUAAGGACACCAUGUUCCGCUAUCUCAGGGUCAGGGGCACGCUUCCGGCCGGCAGUGUGGUCACCGUUGAGCCGGGCAUCUAUUUCUGCAACUUCAUCAUUGAGCCGUUCCUCAAAGACCCGAAUCACGCCAAGUACAUCGACAAGGAUGUUCUGGACAGGUAUUGGGAUGUUGGGGGCGUCCGGAUUGAGGACAAUGUUGUCGUCACGAAGACUGGGGUGGAGAAUCUGACGACGGCCAUCAAAGAUCCCGAGGAGAUGGAGAGGAUUAUUGCUAACAGCUAG